AGACGGGCAGGCCUUGGGAUGUUGACGUCUUGGCAGUUUGAUAUUUUAGGCUAGCCUAAAACCAUUUCGCGGUGAGUGCCAUGGCGAAGAACAUUCUGGACCUGCUCUUCAGAACUCUGGAUGAGUUGGAGGAGGCACAGCUGAAGCGGUUCAAGUCACACCUGUCUGACACUGAGGGGACCAUGGAGGGGUUUGAGUCCAUCCCCAAAGGAUCGCUGGAGCACAGUGACGCUACAGAUGUUGCCUCUAAGAUGAAGGAGGCAUAUGGGGGGGAAGGCUCAGUGAAAAUGACUCUGACCAUCCUGAGGAAGAUGAACCUCAACAACCUGGCAGACAAACUAGAAGAGAGGGAUGCUGCAAUGUCAUCAAAGCAAGAUGAUGCAAUUCUGCAGGUAGUCAAAGAAAAACACAAAAAGUGGAUGAAAGAGAAGUUUGGUAAGAUUUAUGAGUGUACCGAGAGGGGAAGCAACAGAACACUCCUGAGUAAAGUCUACACAGAGCUCUACAUCACAGAGGGAGAGAGUGAAGGAGUCAACACUCAACAUGAGGUUCGCAGGAUUGAAACGCUGUCAAAAUCCCAAAAGGCAAAGAAAGACAAAAUCGACUGUAAUGACAUCUUUAAGCAUUCAGAGGAAGAUGAGAAAAUCCGAACUGUGAUGACUACAGGCAUUGCUGGCAUCGGAAAAUCUGUAUGUGUGCAAAAUUCCAUCCUGGACUGGGCAGAAGGAAAGGCCCAUCAAGAUGUUGAUUUCAUAUUUGCACUUCCGUUCCGACAGUUAAACUUGAAACAAAUUAAGUCAUACACUCUUCUCGAACUCCUCCUUGACUUUCAUCGGGGACUGGAUGGAAAAGUCAUACAUCCGGAAAUGUUAGGAGAGUUCAAGAUCAUGUUCAUCUUUGAUGGUCUGGAUGAGCGCAAACUCUCCCUGAGGAAUGUGGAACAAGACAUGGAUGAUCUCCAGGAUACUGCAUCAGUGGAUGUGUUGAUAGCCAACCUCAUCACAGGUAAUCUAUUGCCUAAUGCGCUUAUUUGGAUAACCUCCCGACCAGCAGCUGUCCAACGGAUCCCUACUGAAUACAUAGACAGGUGGACAGAGGUACAAGGAUUCAAUGACCAACAGAAGGAUGACUACUUCAAGAAGAGGAUUACGAAUCCAGAGGAAGCGGACACUGCCAUCGCCCACAUUAAAAGGUCUAAGACUCUCUACAUCAUGUGCCACAUCCCUGUCUUCUGCUGGAUCUUAGCCACUGUGCUUCUGAAAAUGAUCAAUCUUACCAGUACAAGUGACUACCCUCAAACACUGACUGAGAUCUAUAUCUAUUUCCUGCUCACUGAGACACGUAGGAAGGGACAAAAAUAUGACAAAGGCUUUGAACGAGAUGAUAAAAAACGUCUGGAGUCCAACAAAAAGCCUAUUUUGAAAUUAUCUAAACUAGCAUAUGGAGAACUGCUGAAGGGAAAUAUCUUGUUUAAUGAAGACAGUUUGAGAGAAUGUGGCAUCAAUGAAGAAGACAUGACAUUGUACUCUGGCAUGUGCUCAGAGUUCUUCAUGAGUGAGCUUGUUCUCGACCAACAUAAAGUCUAUUGCUUUGUGCAUCUGAGCAUUCAGGAGUUUCUGGCUGCAUUGUUUGUGUUUCACUCCUUUGUUAUUAGGGACACAGAAGCCCUGAGACAAUUUACCUCACGAGAAUCUGAGAAAUGUCAGACUAAGGAGGACUCAACAGCCCCUUCCAACCUUUCCAUGGCUGAGUUUUUCAGAACUGAAAUAGACAAAUCCAUCCAGAAGGAAGAUGGACAUCUGGACCUUUUCCUUCGCUUUCUCUUAGGCAUCUCACUUGAGUCCAACCAGAAACUCCUACAAGGCCUUCUGCCACACAUAGAGAGAAGCUCAGACAACCAUAAGAAAACAGCCCAGUACAUCAGAAGAAUUCUGAGUGAGGACAAAAAAGUCCCUGAAAGAUGCAUGAAUCUGAUCCUCUGUUUAUCGGAGAUAAAGGACAACACCCUUCAUCAGGAGAUUCAGCAGUACAUAGACUAUGGAGCAAAUCUCUCACCUACCCAAUGUUCACAACUGGCCUACAUGCUUCUGGUGUCAGAGGAAACACUUAAUGAGUUUGACCUGGCUAAGUACAAGACAUCAAGUGAGGGUCGUGAGAGACUGCUUAUAGUAUUGAAGUCUUGUAGGAAAGCACGAUUGGUUGGUUGUGAUCUCAAAGAGGAUUCCUGUAAGAUCCUAGCAUCUGCUCUUAAGUCAAACUCCCUGUUGAAAGAACUGGACCUGAGUUCUAAUCCUCUGAGGGAUUCUGGAGUGAGGUUGCUGUCUGUUGGGCUGAAGCAUACUAACUGCAAACUGAAAACACUGAGAUUGGCUGGUUGUGAUCUACAAAAGGAUUCCUGUGCGGUCCUAGCAUCUGUGCUUCAGUCAGAAAACUCCCUGUUGAAAGAGCUGGACCUGAGUUCUAAUCCUCUGGAGGAUUCUGGAGUGAGGUUCCUGUCUGUUGGGCUGGAGCAUACAAACUGCAAGCUGGAAGCAAUGAGACUUGCUAAUUGUAAUAUCACACAUAAUUCCUGUGAGAUUGUGGCUUCAGUUCUGCAGUCAACAAACUCCCUCAUAAAGCUGGACUUGGGUUUAAAUGACCUGGGGGAUUCUGGAGUUGACCUUCUCUCUAAGGGAUCUAGUCCCCUCUGCAAUCUGCAGACAUUAAGACUUGCUGCAUGCAAACUCUCAGAGAAGUCAUGUGGAAUUGUGGCUACUGUUCUACAGUCACCAAACUCCCUGAUAGAGCUGGACCUGAGUCACAAUGUCCUGAGAGAUUCUGGAGUUCAGCUUCUCUCUGAGGGACUGUCUAGUCCCCACUGCAAACUGCAGACAUUAAGGCUUGCUGAUUGUAAGCUCACAGAUAAAUUAUGUGAGAUUGCUGCUUCAAUUCUACAGUCACCAAACUCCCUGCUACAGCUGAACUUCAGUAACAAUGACCUGGGGGAUUCUGGAGUCCAGCUUCUCUCUAAGGGACUGUUGAGUUCCAAUAGCAUGCAGAUAUUAUGGCUUGCUGAUUGUAAACUCACAGAUAAAUCUUGCGAGAUUGUGGCUUCAGUUCUACAGUCACCAAACACCCUGCAACAGCUGGACUUGAGUGACAAUGACUUGAGGGAUUCUGGAGCUCAACUUCUCUGUAAGGGACUGUCCCAUUCCAACUGCAAAAUACAGACAUUAAGGCUCUCUGAUUGUCUCAUCUCAGAGAAGGGUUGUGGUUUUCUGGCUUCAGCUCUGACUUCAAGCCCCUCCCAUCUAAAAGAGCUGGAUCUGUGCUACAAUCAUCCUGGAGAAUCAGGACUGAAGCUGUUAUCCGCUAGACUGGAAGAUCCUGUCUGUGAACUGGUGAUACUUAAAACGGGGACUUCUGUAAGCAGAGCACGACCACAUUUGCUGAGAUAUGCCUGUGAUCUCACACUGGACCCAAACACAGCACACAGAAAUCUCUCUCUCUCUGAGGGGAACAGAAAGGUGACACGUGUGGAUGAGGAGCAGCCGUAUCCUGAACACCCAGAGAGAUUUGACUCCACAGACUACUGGCCUCAGGUGUUGUGUAGAGAGGGUCUGACUGGACGCUGCUACUGGGAGGCUGAGUGGAGUGGAGAAGCAGCUGUUAUAUCUGUGGCCUAUAAAAGCAUCAAGAGGAAAGGGGAGAGUUAUGACGUCAUAAUGGGACGGAAUGCCAAGUCCUGGAGUCUGUACUGCUCUCCUGACAGUUACCAUGUCUGGCACAAUACUGAACUCACUGACAUACCUGCCCGCUCCUCCGGCUCCAGAAGAGUAGGAGUGCACCUGGACUGGCCGGCCGGCACUCUGUCCUUUUACAGCGUCUCCUCUCACACACUCACCCACCUGCACACGUUCCACUCCACAUUCACUGAGCCCCUCUGUCCAGGGUUUCUGGUUUUUGGCUCCUCAGUGUCCCUGUGCCAGAUCACAUGAGCUCCUCCUCCAACAGGUUUGUCCACCUGUCACCCUUUCUCUCAAUCCUCAGUACUCCCCCUCCUUUCACUUUUCACUCUCUUUCUCCCUCUCCCCCUCUUCCUCUCUCUCUACUCCCUCUUUUUCUCCCCCUCUUUUUUCUCUUUCCCCUUUUCUGUUUUCUCCUUUUUUCCACUUCUCUCUCUCUCUCUCUCUCUCUCUCUCUCUCUCUCUCUCUCUCUCUCUCUCUCUCUCUGUGUUUCUGGUUUGAAUUAAACUGUCUACUUUCUACACUGCGCAACAUUCCGCAGUAGCCACGUAACCGUAGCAACACCCAUUGUGAUGUAAGCGCCUGGUGCUUGAUCUGUGGCCCUGGCAGUUGAGCAUGCUGCAGUCACCCACUCCUGUUCAUACACAUGUGUGAUGCUGAGAUGCUGUUGAGAUAUUGAUAUCUGUAUAUUGAUAUCUGUAUAUUCAAUGUUUAGACUACUGUUUUGGUGAUGCUAAACAAAUGCUGAUAUUUUGUGCUUUUCCUGAAUAUGUGGAUUAUAAGAAUGUUAUUUGCUGAUUUUUUGAUAGGAUGGUCUGACAUGCCAGUGUUUCUAUAUGUGUUUAUACAGAACUAUAAAACAGCCUACUUGUUUUUUCUGACUUAAAAUAUGUAUAAAAUGUAUUUCUGACUUUAAAAUGUCACAUUGUGAAUCUGUUGUACUGUAACUGGACUUUCUAUCAUAGUUUUCUAUGCAAUAACAAAAUAAAGUAUAUGAUUUGUUUU